AUGUCAGCCAACAGUUCCUCGACCAUCAGCGACGGUCCCAUGGAGCCCCGCACACCACCUUCCAGUCCCGUAAAUUCGGAGCAUUGGAGCUCGAGGGCAAACUCGAGCCCCUCAACUCCCGUGAGUGUGGACCAUUGGAGUUCGAGGGCCAACUCGAGCCCCUCGACUCCCGACGGUGAUCGCGGCACGCUGUCGCUCGAGGAGGAGAGGGGCCGCACAGAGCAACGAGCAAUUCCUCAUCGCUCUGCGGAACCACCCCCAUCACCGGGCCGUGUGGCAUGGGCCCGCCAGCAGGCGGAAAACGGCGUCUUGAGGCCGCCCGCCAACUCCGACACCGCUGAGGGUCGGAUGGCUGGGUUGGCGAGGACGGACCUACCUGUGUACGGUCGUCGUUUACGUACCCCUUGGCGGAUGACCCCUUCCUCUCCUCCCCAUUUCCAUUUUCUUUCCCGUUUCCCUUCUCGUUCCCUCUCCCCUCCCCUUGCGCCUCGCGCUCAAAGCCAGGCCACCCAGCUGGCCUUCGGCCCGGACGACGCCAUCCCUUCGAUCGAGAGGGAGGUGCCCAUGAGCAGCUCCAUGGAGCUGGUCAUGAGAGCACCAGAGACGUCCGUGUCCGUGCCCCAGCCCGCUCAAGUUCCCUCGGAGCAGGCACAGGCCACCCACCAGGUCCCUCUACCUCUACCUUUAGAAGUAGAAAUAUCAAUGGGCACUUCCCUCGAUGGCGUCAUGCUGGCACGAGAACACCAGGAACCCCCAUCCCCAUCCCCGGAGCCCGAGCCUCACCCUCAACCUCAACCUCAAUCUCAACCUCACGUCCUGUCAGCGCAAGAAAUCCUGGCAAAGAAGACCCCCUGCACAAAUUUAAUCAAGCACCAAGACAAACCCAGCUGGUACGACCCCGACGACCCCGACGACGACGAGAGCGAUCUAGAAGGUGUCUUGAUAGAGGGAGGAGGAGGAGGAGCGGCGAGAGGCAAGACUAGAGAAGAAGAACGGGAAAAGGAAAUGGAAAGGGAUUCCGACGAGCGAGGAAGGGAGGGGUCAUGUGCAGCUGUUGAUGUCCAGGGGCAUGGAGUACCAAGCCCAGAAAGCGACCCAGAAACAGACACAGGUCCGGGCCCAGCUUGA